UCAGCAACAAACAACAAACGAAUAUCCUCGCGAGAGGAUGGAGGUGAAUCCGUUGAGCAUAAUUUUGGUAAAAUCGGAUAGUAAGGGCGAUAAAUUGCUGUUCCGCUAUCCAUACAACUUACCGCAGCAGCUGCAGACCUCGGUGAUACCGCACAGAAAGACUCCUUACUCGCUGAUCAACACCGGAGAUGACAUUCUGCAAAAUGCUCCACCGCCAUCCAACAUCUGUUUCGAUCAGCUGUACGGCAUUUCGGACAACGAUCUUGCCACACUGUUCGCCGUCAAAUCGGAGCUGUGUAAUCAGAAGUUCGAGCUGAAGGUAAACGAUGUGCGCUUCGUUUCCCAUCCAACGCUGCUGCGGGGUAGCGAUGGUAACGAACAGAAAUCGUCGUACGUGCAGAUCAACGUCGUCUUUGCACUGCACGCCUCGGCCAGCUACUCCGUCGUCCGGUGCUAUUAUGAGCUUAGUAAACGGAUCGGCAUGGCACUGAUCUACGAGGAGCGUCGCGAUAGUUACUUUUCACGUGAAAUCAAAAUCAUGCUUGCUGUGAUCGACGAGAACAGUGCACUGCAGGAAACACUAGAACAACCGACUGGGCCGUCAGGAGCCGUCACGGGUGGUCCGAGCGGACCCGGUGGUGUUGGAGGAACAGGACCAUCGGGAGCAGGCGGACAGGCAACGGCAACGAAUGCAGCAUGUGCAGCCGCAAACACCGCGGUCAGUGUGUUUGAUACGAUCCUGAAAAACACCACGUUGGCGCAGUUCAUCAAAACCAUUUACCAUGACCUCUGCACGACGGGGUUGCUUAACGUGACGAUGAAUCAAACCGUUACACUAAGCUUCUGCCUUCCCCAGAAGGCACACCAGUUCCACAAAAAGGGGCUCGUCAUUGAACCGGAAACAAUUGACCGCUGUCUGGAGGCACUGAAACCCUACCACGGUAUGCUGCUGCUUGUCGAUCCUUCCGAACUGUUCGAUUGUGUACCGCCAUCGGGUGCAAACAUGUUGUUGCAGUUGAUCGAGGUAUACAAUCCGCUGAAAAGCCUGCAAAAUAUGGCUUCCGAUGCGGAGCUGCUGAUCGAUUACGUCUACCAGAUCGUCGGUCACCUCGUGUACUGGGCUAAGGCGACCAUUAUUUAUCCGCUGUGCGAAACGAACGUGUACGUGAUAGCGCCCGAUGCACAGCUAAACAUUCACUCCAAUCUACCGGACAAGUUCGCAACCAAGUUCCCGGGUAUGUCACUGUUUGAGGUAAUCAGCGAUUUCUCUCUGCCGACCUCGAUCGGUCAUCUGACGACCCCAUUACAGCAUCCCGCCCGUCAGGGUCGGUUAGCGCAGAUGGUACUGUGGAUGCUGCAGCACCACCUGCUAAUGCAACUUCACACGUACGUACAAUUCGUGGCUAAUCUGGAUGGAAUCGAUGGCGAACCAGGUAUGCCCGACGGAAGCGGAGCGUUACAGGAGAAGGAACUCUGUGACCGGCUAAGGGAUGGGCUAAUGUACGGUAGUUCCGCUCCGAGUGGUUCGUCUAGUCAACCGUUGGCGGUACCGAUGCCAAACCGAAAGCAUUCCCUCAGUGACGAUCGUUACGCGAACAGCUUAUCGGGAGUGAUGACGACCACAGCCAACUCCAACACUCGUCCCUCUUCGGCCAGCCAUCGAUCGAGUGUCGGUGGUGGUCUGCAGAUGGCAUCGAGUACGGAUAACGAUGAGAGCAUCGCCUCGAUCGAUGAUGAUGACGAUAAGUUGAGGCGGCUACUGGCUGCCUUUCCCGAGCCGGAUCGGAAAGCGGUCGCCCGUAUACCGGCCGCAUCAAGUCCGGAAGAUUUGGCAUUGAUGGUGCGCCUCUGGCAGGCCGGUUAUUUCAAGGGCGAACAUCAUCUCGAGGAAAUUAUGUACUUUGAGAACUUGCGCCGCUCCCAGCUGCUACAGCUUGUGGACAAGUUUCGCGAAGUGCUGAUCAUCUACGAAACAGAGGAUCCGGCAAUCGCGUCGCUCUACUCGGAUCAGGGCAAUGAGUAACAA